UCUCUCUAUCCCUCUGCGCUCGAGCGUGCGGCGCGAAACGCCGUGUGAGCGUGCGCGCUGAAGAUGUCUUGUACCGCGUGAUGAGCAGAGUCGCGCGGCGUCAGAGAGCGGGUAUAUUAAUAUGUGGAUGUUAAUGUAUUUUUUAGUUAUGUUCUCCUGAUGUUUAGCUGUCUGAUACAUGACUUUUGUUGACUGUAAAAUAUAAAUAUUACAGCUGUACGACCUGACGCAGUUAAUAUUGGGCUGUUGCGCGCGCACAGAUGUGUCAGCGCCGCUUUGACAGACUGCAGUAAACCGGCCGCUCUCUCACGAGCUCCUUCACGAGCUUCUCCUCUGACGAAACUUUAAUUCAUCUGAACGACUUUAUGGAUUUGCGCGUGCCGGUGUAAGAGAAUAUGUAACCGACACCGCCUUUAAUCUGACGGCUAAUCCAUCCAUCCCGGAGGGAGGGAGGGAGAGAGAGAGAGGGGGAUAGGGAGGGAAGUUCCUCAGCAGAAGAAGCGUGCGAACAACGCAGUCACGUUCCGUUCUCCUCUAUUUAGCCAUCCCGGUUCCCGGUUAUGGUAUGAUGUAGCGGUCCGGUCUCUCUGGAAACGGGCAUAAACGUCGCUCUCGUGUCGGUUUUGACAGUGUUAUGCUCGGCUGUGAAACCGGAGGUCGACCAGUACAGAAAACCGGCGUUCUCUCAUUCACAUGGGCGAAGACGAGGAGCGGUUCUGCGCCCAGACUCGACACGGAGGAAGCGAGGAGAACGGAGAGAGCGGAGCGUCUCUGGACCCGGACAGAGAGAGGAGAUAUGCGGAGCUCUUCAAGCAGCUGGACCUGAACAAAGAUGGCAGGGUCGACAUCAAUGAACUGAAGACCGGACUGGCAGCUCGGGGUUUACACCAGGGAGAGGCGGAGGAGAUAGUCCUUGAGAGUGAUAUCAACCAUGACGGUCUGCUGGACUUCCAGGAGUUCUCCCAGUACCUGCGGGCUCAUGAGAAGAGGCUCCGGCUCAUGUUCCACAGUCUUGACCGCAAUAAUGAUGGUCGAAUUGAUGUUGGAGAGAUCCAGCACUUACUGCGCCAGCUUGGAGUGGAGGUCACCAUGGAGCAGGCUUCCAGAAUACUGCAGAGUAUGGACAGGGACGGCACUAUGACCAUUAACUGGACUGAAUGGCGUGAUCACUUCCUGUUCAACCCUUUCCACAACAUGGAGGAGAUUGUCCACUACUGGAAACACUCCCAUAUGUUUGACAUCGGUGAACAGCUGACGGUGCCAGAUGAGUUCUCGGAGAAAGAGCGGCGGUCAGGUCUGGUGUGGAGGCAGCUGGUUGCUGGAGCGAUGGCAGGGGCUGUGUCCCGGACAGGAACCGCUCCUCUGGACCGCCUCAAAGUCUUCCUGCAGGUACACGGCUCUGCAUCUCGGGGGAUCAACCUGUGGUCUGGACUGAGGGGGAUGGUUCAGGAGGGAGGUGUCGCCUCACUCUGGAGGGGAAAUGGCAUCAAUGUCCUCAAGAUUGCACCUGAGUCUGCCAUCAAGUUUAUGGCCUAUGAACAGAUCAAGUGGCUGAUCCGAGGCAGUAAAGAGGGGGGCAGUUUGAGGGUACAAGAGAGGUUCAUUGCUGGCUCUCUGGCAGGAGCUACCGCCCAGACCAUCAUCUACCCCAUGGAGGUGCUGAAGACUCGUCUCACUUUAAGGAAGACAGGACAGUACUCAGGUAUGGCUGAUUGUGCCAGACAGAUCCUGAAGACGGAGGGAGUCCGGGCUUUCUACAGGGGCUACUUGCCAAACACAAUCGGCAUCAUCCCCUACGCUGGCAUUGACUUGGCUGUGUAUGAGACUCUGAAGAACGCCUGGCUCCAGCGGUACUGCGUGGAUUCAGCAGAUCCAGGAGUUUUGGUCCUGCUGGGCUGUGGUACCGUCUCCAGCACGUGUGGCCAGCUGGCGUCCUAUCCCCUCGCUCUCAUUCGGACACGUAUGCAAGCACAAGCCAUCACUGAGGGGAAACCCAAGCUGACCAUGGUGGGUCAGUUCAAAUACAUCAUAUCUCAUGAAGGAGUACCUGGCCUGUAUCGUGGCAUCACCCCCAACUUCCUCAAAGUCGUUCCAGCUGUCAGCAUCUCCUACGUGGUAUACGAACACAUGAAGAAAGUCCUCGGGGUGGGGUACUAGACUACUAGACUGAGACAGAGAAGGACAGAGACGGCAAAGACUUCAUUAUGCCUGUGAGAAGAAGCAGAGGAGAGGUGAUGAUGCCGCUCCUCAGAACUAUGAGGAAAAAGAAAGGAAGUAUAGGAUGAGGAGAGAGGAGAACAGAGCCAUGAACAGAUGGAGAUGGUGCUGUGUGCUGCAAGGGGUUAAUGUUUGUCCUCUCUGACACCAUCAUGCCACAUACAUACAUAAAGGAAGUGCAUCUCCUCCCAGUGUAUGAUCUGGCCUCAGGUACUACGCACAACGCAUUCCCCAACUUCUUUUAUACUUUGACUGCAGUAGACUGAAAUGCUGUGUCACCUAACCAGAAAGGACAGAAGAUUUCUAUUCAUAGAAGUGCUUUGACACAGUCACAGAGACACAUGGAAUCUGACAUGAGCUGUAUUGAGGUCUCCCUAAAUACAGUGCACCUAUUCUAUCUACUCAGAGGACUUUUUUAGACAAACUUUUAAUGUGCUGCAAACUGUGCUAAAACAAGGAAUGUGAGGUAGUACCUGUGGUCUGGGAGCAGUUAAGUAUUUGAACAGCAGCACAGCACACUAAUCAUCUGACUCUGUGACACAAUCGCUGUCCAAAUACUUAAAAGGCUCACAUAACUGUUACUCGUGAUAUGAGGUGGCAGUAACUGGACUCUAGUUUCAUGGCGGUGUGGUACAAGCAGCUGGGCAAAAUUAGACUUCAAAGUUGAAGUUUGCUCAGUUGUCACAGAGGCAUGAUUAACAGAAAGACACAUGUGUGACAUGAGAGGGAAACAACAAUUUAUUCUCCAUUUUAUUCAUCUACUUCUAUAUUUUGGUUGGAGGUCAGAUCCAUUCUGGGACAGUCCCCACCUAGAAUGAACGGGGCCUGUUCAUUUGGGUUGGAGAAGCAACUUAGUACCUGAAAGAGGACUCAGCUAUCACCGUGCUGCCCCCCUCCACCUUUGCUGGCACAACCACCAGGGCAGCCAGGCCUCUUUUUUCCCUUUAUAACAUGAAUCACCCUCUGCCUACCCGACUAUUCGUGUACAGCUUAGCUGGAAUCGAUCAUAUUCUAUCAUAACAUUUGUUCUGCUGUAGAUAUCAGUGUAACAUUACAGCGACUGUGUGUGUGUUCUCUCUAGUCUCUAGAGCCACAGUGGGUGUAGUAGUCAAACAUAUACAGUAGGUGUAACACCCACAUCAGGAUCCACAUACUCAGAGUCCAUGUAGACCAAUGAGAACAGGAGAUUAAAGCCAGAGUGAACCUCUGAUGUGUGCACCUGUCUUCCGCCAUGAAACUAGAAGCUGUUGUGUUCUGUGAGCAUUCCAAAUAUAUCAAACCAUCUGACUCCUAAUAUAUAUUUUAUAAACCUAAAGCAUAUGGAACUAUUCUCAACUCUUCUAUUCCUUGUUUCCCCGCACUGGAGCUUGAGCCAAAAACCUAAACCUUAGCUGUGCGUGAUAGAAUAUGGAAUGAAAAGAGAAAAAAAAGGGGAACACAUGUCUGAGUAUGCAUGAAUGUGUUUGUAAUCAUAUUUAGGUAUAACUCGAAUAUGAACUGCACAAAAACGUCCUAUAGUAGUUUGUUGGUUCAGCUCUGAAACAGCUGCAUGCCAGAGGAGUGAUGACACACUUCCAAAGACCUGAAUGUCAUUAUUUGUAUUGUAGGCAAAGAAAUAUAUUAACUACAUAAGUAUGCUUAUAAAUGCCUAACUCCCUUUUUGUUUGUUUGUUUCCUCCCUUGCAAGCGAACUUGAAACGAUGAAUGCUUGUUGCCACUGGAGGCCUUGCAAGCAUGACAUACAAUAUUUGUGAUGCAUGAUUGCAUGUUUCCAAGCCUUUUGUCAAAGUGUAGCCAGCUAGCGUCAGUGUGUGAGGACUGUAAUGCCUUUUUCUUCUAUGAGCUAUUUUCAACCCAGGAGACAGAGCUGAUGUUUGAUAACUAAUGCCACAAAAGAGCUUUCUAGUUUUGAUAAAUGAUCUCUGAGUUGAAUGUGUAGUGCACUUUACAGGCCUCUGUGACAGACUUCAGUCAGUGACAUUGUACAAAGAAGAGGGCUUUGAUUGUUCAGUAGUAAGUGUGUACAGCUUUUUCCAUCUAUACAACAUCCUUAUGUAACGUUUAUUUGCAUAUCUAUCAUCUUUAAAUCUGCACAAAUUCAUUUAUGACCACAUGGGCGCAGCGCAACAAGCUCUGAAUGCCACACUGUCUGUUAACACCUGAUAAAGCUAUCAGAGUGCAUGCAUCAGCAUUAGCUUAGAGCUCAGAGUAUAUAUUUAAGUGAAACAUAAACAGUCCAAAUGUUGCACCAUGUUCACCAGCUCGUCUCUAACUGUGUCUGCUGUUUGCUGCUGAGCAGGUUGUAAACAAAGAGUUCAUCAGAGCUGUGUUUGUGGGUCCAAAAACCAAAACAACGAGCUAAAGGAGGUUAAAAAGCUGCAGAGCAGGUUUGCUGGUAAUUCUUUACAUUACAUGUGGUUGUAGUGUGAAAUAAAUAUUGAUUGGUGCAACUUUAAAUACAUGUUUAAGUGUAUAUAACAUAGCUGACAUUGCUUGUCUCACAUAUUGAGGUGUUAAUGCUAAAUAAAUAUUUGUUUCAGUUCAUUUUCCCAUAAUAUAGAGAGAUUAUAUAGAGAUUAUUAUUGUUAUUGUUAAAUUAAAAUGAUUUUCAUACCUGGUGUCAGAGUCCUUGCUGUAACUUAACCUAAAGCCAUACUCUAUUUAUAUUUUUGUACAGGAAAAGACAACAGAGGCACAUGUGUAACAGACCUUCACUGAUCCCGUGUCCAUGUGUAUCUAAAGGUUAUAUUUCAUGCGACAGGAAAAAGUUCAGAAAAUGUUUUUUUUUUAAAGUAUGUGUGAGAGGAGCUGCUGAUUAUGUGCCAGAGUGAUAAGAAAAAACGCUAAAUGGGCCAAAUAAGUAAAGAUUUAUGUAACAUAUGAAUAUUGUUGUAUUUCAAUCAAAGACACAUUUUAGAUUGCGCUGCAUUAAACUCUCUUCAUCUGAGUCAUGUGAUCAGAGUGUCUAAAUGUUACACACAGU